AUGUGUUUCAGCGACAAUCCGCAAUUCGUAAACGCAUCGUAUGAUGUGAUAAUUGGCUGCAACGGUCUGAUACACUUCAAAUCGUUGCUAUUUGACUGGGAAGUGCACCAUGCCACGAUUGGAUCUGAACGCGUGAGACUAAUGUCACCUAAAGAACUAAUUUAUCAACCGGUCGUAGGUUUUAAAGCACUUGAUCAAUGGAUUUGACGAUGUUUUCGCAAAGCACGAAUACGACCUUGGCGUAGCUAAGGUCCCUCAUAUGAACUUUUAAAUAGGCUAUGGUACCCUCUGACACUCCUUGGGUAUCAGCAAUAGUCGUAGGCCGAAAAAAGGACAGGGGCUAAGUCCAUGCAUUGACUUUAGAAACGUAAAUUCAAUUACGGUCCCCGAUAGAUACCCGAUGCCGCGUAUUCAAGACGUAAAAAACCCAGAUUGGUGGUUGCAAAUACUACACAUCCCUUGACGUAGCCUUAGGCUACAGGCAGCUAUCAUUGACUGAAGAUGCAAGUCAGAAAUGUGGCGUCAUCACUGACUAUGGCAUUUUUUCAGAUGACAAGGCUCCCGUUCGGAUUAGUUAACGCAACGGCCGUAUUCUCCAGAGCCAUGACUACAGUUUUAGCUGGACUGGAGGAUUCCGUUAUAAACUAUGUAGAUGAUCAAUUCGUAGUAAUUGUUUUAAAGAUGAACUAUUGUCAUCUAGUAUUGAUAAUGAUGAUCCUACGUAUAAUAACAGCCAAAUUGGCUGAUCGAACCCCCGGUGAGAGCGCCAACAGAUAAGUCUACGCGGUCUGGCUUCUGUGCUUACUCCAGCAAAAGAUCGCAGCCCCUUGAAAAAGCCGGGGACAAUCCAAGACAAGAAGGCCGGCCGUCUGGUCGAAUACAAAAGGCAUGGAUGCCACUGUAUCGACAUCGAUCGCUUCAAAUUGGGUCCAGGCCCAAUUUGAUUCUCAUAUUUUGCAAGCCCAUCCGUCAGCCUCGUCAGUUCAGCAGCCCAGAUAUUCCAUCCACGUCAACAUCAGCCGGUCCAGUCAGCCAGUACAGCCGUUCAAAGUAAGUCAAGUGUAAGAAGCUAGGAUUUGUCCUAGACUACUGUGUUAUUUUUUCGUCUGUUCCCGUCUCUCCCUCAUUCCCUUACACAACAAGAAAAAAGCCCAGUACGAACGUCCCUGACUCUAGCUCCACCACUGGUAGAAUCACAAAAACUACAAAAUCAUCAGUAAUCAAAAAUAUAACUAGCCUGAAUGAAGUAAGAUUAAGCUUUCAAGAACCAGUUAAAUGUAGCCUUGCUCAAAAAACAAGUAGCACUAAAAAUGGAAAACGUAAUUUUAAGAACAAAAGCCAAACUACAACAACUACUGGCUUGUGAAGGAGUCGACAAAGAAAAUGGCAUAGACGACUAUGUUGACAAAGCUUUCUAUAUAUUAUUUGUUUAAAAAGAAAUAAUGCAAAACAUUUGGCUUGUUGAUCAUAAUGUGCAACGCUCUUUCGCGCACGUUCAACAAUAUAGCCGUUCAUUUAGGUGUAGGUGGAUUCUUUUGCUGUUUGUUUGCGUCUUUGUUAGAAUAUGGAAGCUAUCGAGGAAUCAGUCAUCGACUUCGUCAGCAAAAAACGUUUAAUUUGCUCUUUUUAGUUUUAAUUUACUUUCAUCUGACGCAAAUAAAUAAUAAUAAUAAUUGAGUGUUUAUAAAGAAAACAUAACAUAAUGGCCAAGUUUGUGAACGCACCAAAAAAGGAAGAGGCGUCAAGCCCAAACCUGUAUCUAAUGACCAAAAGCUACCCUAUCUCUUUUUUUUAAUCCCUAACAUUACGCUUUACAGGAACCAGUUUCAAUAGUUUGAAACCUGACUCCGUAGAGUCAGGUUUUGGAAUUUUGCCAUUACCGUCCAAACCAAUUAUUCGUAAUAGCAAUUUGUGGAAAUUUCUAACACUCAAAUAAGUUCCAGAAGCUUGACGUGCCUCUUAAUGAGAAAUUUCUUAAUAGUCUGACAGAAGAACAACAACUUGCUAUUCAGAACACCGUGGAACCACAGCUUGGCCGUCGAUUCCUACGCGGUUACUAGCAAAACCACGGCUUUGGCUCGCUCAGUCAAAGCUUUGCUUUCAUUGCCCGAUUCGGGCUACGUCAUCAUUGCUUCCCAAACAAACGACAGUGUGGCCAACAUCGUUCAAGCCCUUCAACGUCAAAACUUGCACACUACGAAGAUACUGACUCUUACAAGUACGUCAGCACAAUCGCGGAAUACACAAAGCAACUGUAGGAAUAUAUUGUAGUGAUAUUAAUUUUUAAAAAACGUAAAAUAGUACUGUUCCUGAAUUUUAACUAAAUUAUUUUUUAUAAAUCCUAUACGUAAAAAGGAUGAUUCCAAGAUUACUUAUAUUAAUUAUCAACUGCAGGCAGUACGCCCGACUUACCAGCCAGACAAAGUACUUGUCCAGCAUGGGCAGAAGAAUGUUCUUACUAGUCAAGCAGCAGUGGAUUACGGCCCCUACAAACCAAGAAGGAAUUUGGACUAUUGUAAUAGUCCGAAGUCCGCGCCCACUCGAUCACCCGAUGGGGCCAAGGCGAUAUUAAAGACGGUCUGAUAGGAAGAGACGGCGUUCGCGGAAGACGGCCAAAUAAGGCCUAUAAGAAGGACGUCGCAUUCAGAUUAGAGGUCGACCCGGCGUCUUCUGAUCGAAGACGCUGUUCUCUUGUUAUUUUUGCCAAGAAUGAGGAAUUAGGGGCAGAAUAAGAGGGGAAUGAAGCUUUAUAUGCUGUUUUGUGAUAUGCGUGGUAAUUUUAAAGGGAAAGAUCAAGGGUUGACCUGCUCGGUAGUAGAUGGUCAUAAGUGAUUGUGUAAAUGUGUAGACAUUUAAUGGCAUGGUUUUUCAUCUGUUAAGCAGUAUGUUUGUGUGAGAGCAGUACAAUAGUUUUGCUGAUUGAUCUCUUUGCUAUUAAAUGGUUGCAGAGAAGCUUCGCCGUAGCGCAGAUUUAAUGCUGUCUCUAAUUGGGCUGAAUUUUUAGAUGAAGCGACAGUUCCAAGAGAAGUUGCUGCCCGAGUCGUGGGUAAGAACCGAUGACGGCAACUAUGAGCGAUUCUUCGGAGAGCAGCUCCGACAGCAGUUCGGACUCAGAAGAUGUACAUACUUGAAUCCAAAUCCACCGAUUCGUCAGCCCGAGCCCCGAGCCGAAAGGAAAAACUAA